UUAGACGCAAUCAGCAUGUCCAUGUUCAUGCACGACAUUGACGCCACCAACAACACAAUACCAGAUCUUCUGCAAAAGUUCACCAACGCACCCCAGGAAAACAUGCUCGCGCUGUUUAUGGGUACCAUCGUGUCUGCGUUCCCGCGCCUCCUGACCCUCCCUUCGCCGAUGAAGACGUGGGCGGGGAACCUGCGCAGCGAGCUCCGGAGUAUUGCUGAAGGGGUGUGGCGGGGCGCGACGAGCGACGCGGCGGGCCUUGAUGCGAAGUUGUUGAGGUUGUUGAGUAAGUGGACCGGGGCCCCGUUCUUUCCAUGUGGGAUCGAAGUUUUGAUGUGGCUGCAGAUGAACGGGGAGAGGCUAUGA